AUGGAAAGUUGGACGGAUUACUUUAUGUCGCACUUUUACGCCACGAAGGCGCGGCCCGUAUCAGCUUUUGACCCAUCGGGUUUCCUCCUCAUCAUUUCCUUUCUUCUUUUACUUGUGGGUGUACUUGCAGCAACAGCACGUGCGUUGGUAUCUCUUCGUGGGUUCAUACUUUGCUCCCGCGUCGAGAAAAAUCUGCAAGACAUGUCGGACUAUGUGUCAGACCAGCGCAUUCGCGUGGGUGAGAAUCUUCAGUAUAUUAAAGGCCGCGCAAUUGAUCAUUCAGGACGUCAAGGCUUUAUUGCAGAGAUGCUCAGCUAUGCGUAUCUCUCGCGACUCGCUUUUUCGCUCUCGAUCUUUGCAAUUGCUUCGUAUCUUAAUACAUUAGCAGCUGUCAUUGCAGGCUGGCGCACACCAAACGUCGUGAUCUUGGACUUUGCAAAGCAAAGCACCGACGUCAAGACCCUUCCAGACCUGGGGCACGAUCUAUUUAAGUUUGUCAUGACCAAGUUCUACGGCCAAACCACGUACAUUGAGUGGUUCGACCUUCCUGAUGAAUUCCUCGCUGCGGUGGGCACACUCACGUCGUUUAUUAUGGUUCUACACCCGCGACGAUUGCUGAUCAUACGUCGUUUCUGCUUCAUCUUCGCUAUCAUUAACCUCAUGCGAGCUUGCUGUGUGGCGGUCACGUCGCUUCCGGACGCUAGCCCUAUGUGCAUUUCCCAGUUUGACACGGAGCGCGGGAACUACAAGCCUCUUCCCAUAUUCCCAAAGGCUUUUUUUCGCGCUUGGAAGGUAUUGAUCCGCCCGUCACAGCACAUCACUUGUGGUGACAUGAUAUUCAGUGGCCACGCCGUCUUUUUGGUUCUCUGCUGUAUGUUUGCAAAAACGUACUGUGUGCGCUCCGAGUUGAACACGCCUUUCACCCGACGCUUCCCGUAUGUGUUAUGGAUGAUCCGCUACUACAACUACAUCCUGUCAGCUUGUGGCAUCUUUGCGAUCGUGGGAACGCGGUUGCACUACACUCUAGACGUCCUCAUCGCCAUUUACAUCACUGUCCAAGUCUGGCUCACGUACCACUGGCUCAUGAGCUAUCCAGAGAAUGGUUUUGCACUCAUUAAGUGGCUUGAGCACGCAGAAGUGCACUUGGUCGACCACAAUGCCUAUCAAAAGGCACGGCGGGUUGGCAGCCAGAGCGUCGAUAAGACCGACUAG